AUGAGUGGUUACGAUAAGGUGGAAUAUGCCCUGGAGGCGGUCAAACGUGGUACGUGUGCGGUGGGAGUCAAGGGUAAAGAGGUUGUUGUUUUAGGAUGCGAGAAGAGAACCACCUUGAAACUUCAGGACCCACGUAUCACACCUUCCAAGAUUAAUAAGGUGGAUAAUCAUGUGUUACUUGCAUUUGCCGGAUUGAAUGCAGACGCUAGAAUCCUUAUCGAUAAGGCCAGAGUGGAGGCCCAGUCUCAUAAGCUAACGGUUGAAGACCCCGUGACAAUAGAGUACCUCACCAAGUAUGUGGCUGGUGUUCAGCAGAGGUUCACGCAAAGUGGUGGUGUCAGACCCUUUGGUAUCGCGACAUUGAUUGCUGGAUUCGAUGAGAACGACAACACUCCAAGGCUAUACUUGACGGAGCCAUCUGGUAUAUAUUCUGCAUGGAAGGCCAAUUCGAUCGGAAAGAGCAGCAAGACGGUGAGGGAGUUUUUGGAGAAGAACUACUCAAAAUACGAAGAAGAAGGCACUGAGCUUUCUGAUGAGGAAACCAUCAAGCUCACCAUCAAAUCUUUGCUGGAAGUUGUUCAGACGGGAGCCAAGAACAUCGAAAUCGCAGUCAUGAAGCCAAAUAGGGUUAUCAAGUAUUUGGACAACGACGAGAUUGCAAAGGUUGUGGAGGAGAUAGAAGCUGAGAAGGCUGCGGAGGCCGAAAAGAAGAAGCCAAAACAUUAA